GCAGUAAAAAAAGAAAGCCAUUUUAAGUGCACACAAUGGCAUGUCUGUCCAAUUAUUUUAGGUGUCACACGUACUGUCUUAUAGUGCUGAAAUCAGGACAGUUGAUAGCCAAUCAGAUUUGAGAAUUUUGUUAUAGUUAUGAUUAUGCCUGGUAAUUAAGUCUUGUUUUUUCAGAAAGCUUCUAACAGUGCAGACAGGCAUAAUUCCAGCUCAGGUUCAAGAAGUGCCCAUGGAGCAUCCUCCCAUUCAACACGUAGUGCCAGCUACGCUGUUGGUAGCAGCCAUAGAUCCGGGCUUAGAAGCAAAGAAGUUGUGAUAACAGAUCCUUACUUGGAUGCACUGACAAAGGAUACCAAAGCAAGAACAAGAAAGAGAUUUUCUGUAAGUACUAGCUGGACUAAAAUCUCAAAGUCUUUUGCCCUAAUGUUCUUUUGGGGCAGUUUGUGCUCUUUAAAGCCAGACAAUUACCAGAUUAUGACUCAACUUAGGGGGCUUCAAAGCGCAUUUUUCAGCAAUCAAUUCCCAGGAGUGUCAUUGGGUUAAGGUUAUGAUAGACUAGCUUUCCUGAUAGGCUGGAUUACCAAGUGCUGUUUGGGAAAAUGACCCUGUGUUCCCAGGGGGGUCAAAGACUGGACCUAGCAUGGUAGACAGCAGAAAUCGAGCCUACAUGAAUAUUUUUGACAGUCUAUCUAUGUAUCAAUAAAGAUUUAACAGUGUUGGUGUUUGCUCAAAAUAAUGCAAUUUCUGUUGGGAUUUCAGUCCACAGAUUACCUAAUGCAGUGGUAAGCUAAACAUGGACAACAGAGGUACUUUCAGACUAUUUGCAGAAACUUGGAGAUUUUCACGUCAAAACUGUCAGAUAUGCCUCCUUCCACCAUGGAAGUGCAACUUAUUCUACACAAUACUAAGUUCCACAGUAAAUUUAUUACUGUACUUUACUAGAAAAAAUAUUUUAAUACUAGGAAAUUUUGUACACAUUAACAUGGUCAAAAAUGAUUAUGUGAGUCUGCUGAGCUGUGUCUUAUUAAUUUUCAAGUUGGACUUUCUUAAUGUGAAAUUGUAUUGUUAGAACUUUUUUGUAUUUGUGCUGGAAUUUUGUAGCGAUUCAUCAAAAUAUUUUCAUUGUGAACAAAGGCCUUCUAACAAAGCUUAGCAUGCAUGUAAGGUAAAUACAACUUCAAUGUGGACACCAAGGGCACAUGUCAUUGUCUUAACCAAGCAGGCUCUUGGAAUAAGCAUUAUGGGAAUUUAUCUUUCUUAAUGCAAGAGAAUUCACUAUGGGCAUACUACUGUAGUUGGUCCAUACAAGUGAGAAAUAUAUUUUUUGCAUUUUCUUCAACAUUUUCUGAGUUAGCACUGUUCUUCGUUAAAGUGUAGCUCUUUUUAGCGUGGUUUGUGUCCAAAUUUAUUGUUAACAUUAAUUUUCAUAUCUACCAAAAUUUUUUUUAUCUUUUACAGCCAAGUAUGAAUAAAUGUAUUGUUAG